AUGACGUCGAUUAAUCCGAGUCAAAGUGAUCACAUGCUCAUGUGUAAGCAAUGGUGGAGAGUUUGUUGGAUGUACGGAGAUCAAGAAAAAUUUUACAGGCAAUUAUAUGGUAAAAAAAAUACGAGCAGAGCAAUCGUUACGAGCACGUCAACUACGACGACCAACUCGUCGUCUAAUUACGAAGAAAAAAAUGAUGGCGAUACGACAAACGAAACAAACGGAUUCGAUAAAAAAAAAAUCACGAGUAAUUACAAUGAUGAUGAUGAUUCACGUGCAAAAUCUCAAACUUUACCUCGUCAGGGUGCCUAUAGGGAUAUGUACGGUUUGGGUGCGAGACUUCCGUCGUCAUCGAUCAAUUCGUUGGAAUCUCGUGGGAAAUUAAAUAAGGAUAAAAAAAUUAUGUUGAAUCAAAGAGGACUUCCGGAUUUUUCAAUACCAACCAUAUCUUCAUCCGUACCGUCGAAUAAUUUAUUUCACAGUCCUCUCCUGUUGAGCGGCGGUACCGUUGGAAAAUCCGUUAAACCCAAAUUGUUUCCUUUUCCGAAAGAAUUGUGCAAUGGUAAUAAUAAUAUGAGUGUUUUAACAGUGUCACCGGAAACACUACGAGAACAGGAUAUUAUAUUGCGACAAAAAAUGAGUAAUAAAAAAAAAGGAAGGAGUGGCGGUGGUGAGAAAAUAUCGACGACAGAAACGACGACGACGACGGUAACCACGAUGGUUACGUUCGAAAGACAAAUUUUUACAUCUAAUUCUGGUAGUAGUAGUAAUAGUAGCAAAUUGUUAUUCACGUUAUUAUCUUUUCCUUUAUCUUGA